GCUAAAAUAAAGGAAGCAUAUGAAAAGGGCAUCUCCGCUUCUCCAAAACGCAGAAAUAUAAAACCUCCAAAAAAUAAAAAAAUAUUAUUUUUAACAAAUGAAAAUUCAUCUUCUAUUGAAUCAUCUGAUGAAAUUAGUUCACUAUUAAUUAAUAAUAGAGAAUUUCGUGAAAAUAUAAUUGAAGUUGAUGAUAAUAAUGAUACUCAACAAUCUUCUGGUGAGACUAUAAUUGAAGAUAAUAAUGAUACUCAACAAUUUUCAGGUGAGACAAUAAUCGAAGAUAAUAAUGAUACUCAUCAAUCUUUGG